AUGGAGAGCGAAAAACGGAAACGAGGCGCCAAUUUCACACAAACAGAGCGCAGGCAUCUAUUAACGGUUGUUAACAGAUAUAAACAUAUAAUAGAAAAUAAAAAAACGGACGCGGUAACGUGGAAAGAGAAGGAGAGUACAUGGAAAAAAAUUGAAGUAGAGUUUAAUUCCACCACAGAGGGAAUUCCAAGAAGUGACAAACAGUUAAAGCUCAAAUAUGAGGCUGUUAAAAAGGAACUAAAAAAAAAUUUCAGUUCGCAUAAAAAAUAUGUGUUAGGCACAGGAGGUGGAAGGCAUGUUCCAGAGCCUGCUGUGCAAACGGAAGAAGAAAAUGAAUUAUUUCAUACAAUUGCCAUUAGUGCAAGUGGUUUGGAAUCAAGAUUUGAUUCAGAUGCAUUGGCAGGUAUAAGUGGAAUUCCAGUGCGGGAGGUGGUAUCAACUCCAAAAGAUUCCAACCCCAUAGAUCAAUUUAGAGAAGUGGAAUGGGAUGAACCCAGUGCAGGGUUUUUACAAACUAAAGUUCACCCUGCACUUAGGAUUGAUGCCCAAGCAUCUGCAAUAAACAAUAAUACAACAGAAAUUCUACAGGAGAUAAUAGUCGAUCCUGACUUAAAUAUUUUAUUGGAUGAUACCCAAACCUCAGCUCGGAACAUGGAACAUGAGGGUAAAGAAAAUGUGGCAAAUAAAAAAUCCUGGGCAAGUAGAAGAAGGCCGGUAAUUUCCAAAAAAAAAUCUAUGAGUUCAGCUAGUGCAAAGUUCGAGUUACUGGCAGAAAAAAAAAUAGAACUUGUAGAAGAGCAGCUCAAAAUUGCCAAGGAAUCAAUUAAGCACAACGAACUGGAACAUAAUUUAAAAGUUGAAAAUUUGGAGUUGGAAAAAAAAAUUUUAAUCAAAAAGCUCCAAAAAAUGGACGAAAAUUUUAACGAAUUUGACUGAACUCCCUAUUUGUAUGUUUUUUUAUGAUUAAGAAUUUUUUUUAUAUUAUUUAUUUUAGAGUUUAUUUUGGUUUGUUUUGUUUUAGAGUUUGUUUGUUUAUUUAUUUUUAUUAUUUAUUUUGAUUUUGU